CUGCGAACUUUAAAAAGUAGAUGGCUUAGCUUUUGUAAAAAUGGCAGAGAACUAUCAGAAACUCAAAAUACCGAAGAUUCCAGACUGAUUUUCACUCUUGCAUUGCUUGCCAGAGGACAGUUCCCCUCUUCGAGUGGACAAUACUACCCGAACAGACAGUACGACACAAAUGGACAGUAUAGGCCCGCACAAUCGUCCAAUAACGAGCCAGGAUAUUUGCCUGAUUAUCAGGGUGAUAUGUACACGAAUCAGCAGAGGAUCGCAGAGACACAGGCGCUGAAUCGACCGUUCUUCGACUCGAUUGGCGGUCCACCUCCACCACCACCUAAAACGCCUGCCCAACUGGGACUAUUCCAAGCGGCUAACUCCCAAAUCUCAUCGUAUUCCUUGUCCGGCAAUAUGUAUACUAGUAGUAAUAAUAACGCCUAUCCCAUCGAUCAGAACCCAUCUAAUCAAUACGGAUUCAAUCCAAAUUAUCCGACUUCGCUAGCAAAUGGAGAAGAUUGGCAUCACAAUAACUAUGCUCUGUAUCCAAAUCAUAUGAAGCACCAAAUGGAAGUAUGUUGCUGA